UGCACGCUGGCGACGAAGGCUCAGUCACAGGUCACGUGUUAUUGUUUGGAGAAGGAAACGGUCGCUUACGUCGUGAAGAAGCUACCUGUGACACUUUCUGAGUCACUAAUGUGUAUUUUCCUUUACUCUGACAAGUAUGACUGUGGGAAACGGUGUUUCCCCAGUAGAAAGGGAAUUUGACUGUCAAUAUGCGUAGAUGUGGAAUAAACAAUUUCGACACGCAUCCAGCUGCAGCCGCUAGCCUGCUAGGUAGCUAGCUGCCUUAGCUCACCAGCCAGUGGGAGAAUAGCUAUCCGUGGCUAGCCAGUUGUUGUCUGGCUAGCUGCAGGUAACCUCCAAGACGUGGAAGUUGAUAAUUACCUGUACCUGGCUACUAAGCCAGUUAGUCGCUUAUUUUUGUGUAACAUAAAGGGACGAAAUGGAGCUAUUCCAAGCCAAAGACGAUUACAUUCUACAGAACGGGGACCGUGCUCUGUGGUGCAGUCGGAAAGAUGGUACCAUGACUGUCAAACCUGCAACAGACCUGUUGUUAGCUUGGAAUCCAGUGUGUUUGGGUUUGGUGGAAGGUGUCAUAGGAAAAAUACAGCUUCACACAGAUCUUCCUCUCGGCCUCAUAUUAAUCCGCCAGAAGGCACUGGUGGGUCAUUUACCAGGCAAUCACAAAGUCUACAAGAUCACCAAGAUAGCAGUCAUUCCUUUGUCUGAUGAAGAGCCUCAAGAGCUUGAGCUGGAGCUUUGCAAGAAGCAUCACUUUGGAAUCGACAAACCAGAGAAACUGGCCCAGUCCCCCGAUGAGUCCAAGUUUUUGAUUAAAACUUUAAGUCAGAUCAAAUCUAACGUGGCGGUCCCUAACAAGAAAAAGGUCAAGGAAAACAAAGAGAAGGAACGGUUGGAGAGGCGGCUGCUGGAUGAGCUGUACAAAAUAUUCAUGGACUCAGACUCCUUCUACUACAGCCUGACCUACGACCUGACAAACAGUGUGCAGCGUCAAGGAGACCUGGAGAAGUCCAGCUUACCCCUAUGGAAACAGGUGGAUGACCGUUUCUUCUGGAAUAGACACAUGAUCCAAGACCUUAUUGACCUUCAGGUCCCUGAGGCUGACUUCUGGGUGAUACCAGUCAUCCAGGGGUUUGUACAGGUAGAGGAACUGGUGGUGAACUACAGUGAGACUUAUGAUGAGGAGAGGAGCAGCCCUGAGACCCCACCACAGGAGGUCACCUGUGUUGACGACAUCCAUCCUCGCUUCACUGUAGCCCUGAUCUCUAGACGGAGCCGCCACCGUGCAGGGAUGCGGUACAAACGCAGAGGAGUGGAUACAGAUGGCCACGUGGCUAAUUAUGUGGAGACAGAGCAGUUGAUCCACGUGCACAGCCACAGUCUGUCCUUUGUGCAGACUCGUGGCUCUGUGCCUGUCUUCUGGAGCCAGGCAGGAUAUCGCUACAAUCCUCGGCCACGCUUAGAGAAAGGAGAGAAGGAGACAAUAUCUUUCUUUGCUGCUCACUUUGAAGAACAGCUUAAACUCUAUAAGAAGCAGGUCAUCAUUAACUUAGUGGAUCAAAGCGGACGAGAGAAAAUAAUUGGUGACGCAUAUCUGAAGCAAGUGCUCCUGUACAACAACCCAAACCUCACAUAUGUUUCAUUUGACUUCCAUGAGCACUGCCGAGGUAUGAAGUUUGAGAACGUGCAAAUAUUGACUGAUGCAAUAUCUGACAUCAUCACUGACAUGAAGUGGGCCUGGGUGGACCAAGCAGGAGUCAUCUGUAAGCAGGAGGGAAUCUUCCGAGUCAACUGCAUGGAUUGUCUUGACAGGACCAACGUGGUUCAGGCUGCUAUUGCUCGGGUCGUGAUGGAACAACAGCUAAAGAAACUGGGGGUGAUGCCUCCCGAGCAGCCUCUGCCUCUAAAGUGCUACAGGAUUUAUCAGAUUAUGUGGGCCAACAAUGGAGACACCAUCAGCAAACAGUAUGCAGGCACAGCAGCACUGAAGGGAGAUUUUACCAGGACGGGUGAGAGGAAACUGGCUGGUGUGAUGAAGGACGGCGUGAACUCAGCCAACCGCUACUAUCUGAAUCGCUUUAGAGAUGCUUACAGACAAGCAGUCAUUGACCUAAUGAUGGGCCUGCCAGUGACAGAGGACCUCUACUCUAUCUUCAGUAAAGAGAAGGAGCAUGAAGAGAAAGAGAAGGAGAGCCAAAGAGGAGCUCAGGAGCAGGUCAGCCUCCUGCUGCAGACCUACAUGCAGCUUUUGCUCCCAGAUGACGAGAAGUUUCAUGGUGGUUGGGCCCUCAUCAAUUGUGACAUGAGCCUCAUUGAUGCAGCCAACAAAGAUGUGGAUGUGUUGCUGCUUCUGUCAGACAAAGCUUAUUACAUUGCUUACUACGAUGAAGAGGCAGAUAAAGUCAACCAAUACCAGCGCUUCAAUUUACAGGGUUUGGAAAAGAUCGAAAUUGGUCCAGAGCCUACUCUUUUUGGGAAGCCAAAGUUCUGCUGUAUGCGUUUGCAUUACAGAAAUGAAGAGACGAGCGGAUACUUUCACACACUGAGAGCAGCAACACGAAAUCCAGAGGAUGAUGGAAAAGAUACAUUACAAUGCAUAGCUGAGAUGCUGCGCAUAACAAAACAAUCCACAGGGCUGGAUUUGCUUGUGAUUGAAAAAAAGCUGGAGAGGCGACAGAGUAAACCUCAUGAGGAUAUCAUGGGGAUCCAGAAUAAACCUGCUGAUCAGGUCCAGGGAAGCUCUGGUUUGGCACAGGGCAGAAGUUUCCUGCUCAACAAAUUCUCCUCUCUCAAUCAGAAAGUGAAACAGACCAAGACGAAUGUUAACAUUGGCCCUUUCAAGCCGCUCGGGAGGCUGGGCAACUUCUCUAAGCCUGAUGUAAAAGUAAAUUUCCUAAAACCAACUAUGCAUGUCAACCUGUGGAAGUCAGACAGCAGCUUAGAGACAUCAGAAAACACCCCCGGUGCUGGAGUCUUGAAGGGCAUGGGUGAUGAGCACUCUGGAAUCUCAGACGACUCUGAUUCCUAUAAUUCUGACCCAGAGCACCCGUGUUCUGGUUCUUUAGAAAAUGUGGACUAUGUUCUGCCCAGCUGCGGCAUUGUAGCAUCAAACCCACGUCUGGGCAGCCGCUCCCAAUCUAUCGGUAGCGUGGAGCUAAAUAUCCCCUCUGUUAUCCGUGUCACUGGCUGUGACGGAAUGCAGGACAGCUCUCAUGUUAGUGAUGACAACUCACCAGGGGCUGCCUCAGUGGCUGAAGAAGCUAUUCUCAUUGAUUUUGGUACUCCCAUUGAUGCAUACUGCCACCAGUUUGUCCAGGAUGCACAGACCAAACCUGUUGAGGUGUUUGGAGAGCAGCCACUCACUGCUGUCCCCCCAUUCAACCCCAUGGUGCCUGUGAAGUGGAAGUCCCCAGAAGACCCAGAUAAGCAGCCAAGCUCCGAGUCACAGCAUCAGCAGGAGAAGCCCCAGCUCCCCAGACCCUCCCAGUUAGAUGUCCAGUCCACUACUUCCAGUUCCAGCCUCCUCACCAUCCAGAAGCCCAGCUCUGCAGUCUCAGGAGGCUCUCAGAGGAGCCUGUGUUCAUGGAUGGAGGGCAGCCUCGGUCCUUCACCUGCCGACAGCAACGGCAGGCGCAACGGCAGCCGAGUGGUGUCCCCCUUUGCCAAGAUCAAGAGCUCUAUGGUCCAGGUGGCUAGUCUCACCCAGGCAGGACUCACCCAGGGUAUCAACUUUGCUGUGGCAAAAGUACAGAAAAGCCCUGAGCCAGAUACUGUCAGCGAGACCCAAGAGAGCGAGCUGAAGGCAAUGUUUACACAGUGCCAGACCAGGAUCAUUCAGAUCUAAUUCUUUCUUUGUAGCAGUAGCAGUACCACGUGUAGAAACUUCCUGUAUGGUAGCAGUCGCAAAAGCUUGCACUUAGCAUCACUUCUCAGCCAAGAAAUGUGCUCUUAAAUUUGCCCUUUACUUAAACUCACCCAUGUUAAUGAUGACUCUUGUACAAAAUUUACAAAUAUAUACCUGAGUCCAAGAGGACAGUGACCCUGUUUACAUGCACAUAAUUAUGGAUUCCCUUAAUCUUAAGAGAGCACCAAUUGUCCAGUUGUGUUGUUUUGAUAAAGGGAAUUUUUAGUUCCUGCCCCUUGCACACUGAUUAACCACAAUAUUAUGCAUCCUGUCUUUUAUGGUGUAAUGAUCCGUAAUCAUCAAUAUAUUCCAAAUGUGGUGAUACUAUGACAUUUCUGAUGUGUCUGAGAAUAGUAGUACCUAGUACCUAGGCUGAGUAUAAAAAUGGCAUAUGGCAAAUGUUUAAAUAUUUGGGGAGUUUCUCAUAAUUCCCAUGUGAUUUUGAACAUUUAAUGGAAUUGAAAUGCUGCACUUGUUCUCGUGCACUUUUCUUGUUAAAUGUCUAAAAUGUUCUGAUCGUUAUUUACCUCAAGAGACAAGUAACUAAGACAUAAGAAGAUAGUUUGGUUUUAGAUGUUUAAAAGUCAUGUACUUCCUGAAUGGUAUGCAGAGUGUUUUUGUGCAUGUAGACAUGUCACUGUCCUUCGUAUGAGGAGUUGUUUCAUCACCCACAGUGCUUGCAUGUGAGGUCAAUGGUAACAACAGAUUUUUGAGAAGGCAGGUAAACAUUAGCUGCAUGUUCAAAGACCAGCUCUGAUGUUAUCAUGUACUGUAUGUCAUCCUGUAUGUGCAGGUCACUUAAUGGCGUUUGUGAUAUCGACCUCGUAAUAACCUUUGAUUUGUAAUUAGUUGUUGUAGAAUCCAACCAAAUAUUUUUGUGAUUCCCAAAGGACAAUUCUGUGUUAACUAUUACGAUUUGUAUAGCUGUGAGAAAUUAGCCAGAUGACAUAGUGCGCGUAGUUAUUCUAUGUCAUAUCAAUGUUGUCGAGUGUACCUUAGAAGAUUACUGUAGAAAUAAUGACGACACGAGCAUAGUAAGACGUAGGAGCACCCUGGUUGUUGAUAUGUACAGUGAAAAGUAUAUGUUUAUCAUUUCCCUGAGUAGAACCUUUCCUUAAGCUUUUUGUAUGGAAGGAAGGGUGGCAGCUUAAUAUGUUCAGAGGUAUGAGCAUUAUAUUUUAAAAAGAGCGCCCAGUACUGUCAUUGCUAACCAUAAAUAACCACAAAACUGCUGGUCGGACAUGUUUUUGAUAGAUAUAUGUAUUGAAAUAACUCUUCUGCUAAUGGUUGUAUGGAAUAACUAGUUUGACUCAGUUUGAACUGAGUCCAUAGCCAGCGUUGUACAUGAACACUGCAUGUUUGACAAAGACAAAGGAAAGUAGUAUAUAGUAGGUAUAUAUGCAAUUGCACCCACCUAGUUAUUAGAAACACUGACGCUUUAUGCACUCCCCAAACUGAAAGCAUAUUUGCCUUAACAGGGAAUUGAAGUGGUGUUAUGUAUAUCAGGUAUUUAUGGCAAAAUCUACCUUUUUAAGUCCAUUUUUACAUGUUACAUUUGGUGUACUGUAUAAAAGGUCAUGUUCAGGGUUACUGUAUGUUAUUAUUGAGCUUUAUCUUGGGAUAUUUAAUGUAUUGGCCCAUAUACAUUCUCCAUGGAACUGACCAGAUUUUAGAGAUGUUGACAGUAAGUUGGGUGCGCAGGUGUGUGUAUGUACUGUACUGUAUGCGUGUUUGAGCAUCCCUGCUGCUGUUGGUCCUUAGGAUUGUUCAAACCCUAGUUAUAUUUACAUUUCGUGAAGCUGUAAACACUGUUAUAAUGUACAUGUUUUUCAUUAACCUCAACAAGAGAGAUUUUUGCCUCACUAAUAACCUCUCAAACUGACGGUUGUGGUCAUUCAAUGAAAAUCUCCUACAGGAAAUUUUUACACUCCUCCUAAAAAAAUGCUAAUGCCACCUUAUCCCACUGCUGUGUAUAUUGGUGUCGGAUAAAUAAUAAUAGUCUGGUUUGCUUCAAGAUGAAAUAUCCCAAGGUAAAUGGUCAUUUCUUUUUUUUUU